AUGUGGAUUGGAAGAACUUUAGCAAUGGGUUACAUGGUGGUAGGCAUGUUGAUAUGCUUUUUAUGUGCAUCCGGCGAUCUCACUUCAGUACAUGCAUAUGGACGCAUGCAAAACAAUGGGACGUUUUUAACAUCACCAAGAUCAGCCUCAUUUGUGUUAGCUGGGAGGAACAAAUACAAAGGAAACAAUGAUUACAAUCAUGUAGCUGGCUGGAUCACGCCAGCGAGCAGCUAUGGCGCUCGAGUUAAAAUAGGUAUAUGGGGUUCACAAGUGCAACGUCAUUCCCAAGAAUCUGGAGCAGCAAUAAGUAUCAGCACUGUUGAUCAAGAUGAGCCUUUCAAUAUGAUCGAAGCUGGAUUUCAUGUACUUCCUGAGUUAUAUAAUAAUAAUGAUGUCCAUUUCUUUAUACGAUGGACAAACGACGACCACAAAGCAACGGGUUGUUAUAAUUUGGAAUGCCAUGGUUUUGUGCCUGCUAGUGGAGCUGCACUUGUUCCAGGUCAAGCUGUUGCUCCUCCCUCAACUUACGGCCGGGACGACCGCUACAUAACAAUUAGCCUGCAUACAGAUGCAAACACGAGAGAUUGGGUGUUGUAUCGAGACGACUUGCAUAAACCUGCAUUUUUGGGGCAUUUUCCAAAAGAGCUUUGUCCUAGACUGUAUGGUAUAGCCUCCGGAGUAGCAUUGCUUGGAUUUGUCAAUUACCAGGAUAGGGAUAAAGGUGGUCCCGCAAUGGGUAGUGGUCAUUUUCCGGAAGAGGGCCAAAGGAAAGCAGCAUACUUCAAGAAUAUCAAGCUCUUUGAUUCCAAAGCUAAUGUAUAUGAUCCGAGUGGCUUGGUUAGACUUGUCACCAGGCCAAAAUGUUACAAAAUAAGUGAGGUUCUCCAUGCUAAAAAGGACGGCUAUAUGUUUUACUAUGGAGGUCCAGCUGGUUGA